AUGUCGAAUCCGUAUGGAGAUUUUAAUGCAAAGGUAGACUAUGUAUUCAAGAUUGUACUGAUAGGGGAUUCAGCAGUUGGGAAAUCACAGUUGUUGUCCAGGUUUGCCAAGAAUGAAUUUAGUCUAGAUUCAAAAGCUACAAUUGGGGUAGAAUUUCAGACCAAGACCCUUGUUCUUGAUAAGAAGACCGUCAAGGCGCAGAUUUGGGACACGGCUGGCCAGGAAAGGUAUAGAUCAGUAACGAGUGCAUAUUACCGCGGUGCAGUGGGAGCAAUGGUAGUAUAUGACAUAACAAAGCGUCAGUCAUUUGAUCACAUACCUGGAUGGCUCGACGAACUGAGGGCACAUGCUGACAAGAAUAUUGUAAUUAUGCUCAUAGGCAACAAGUCUGACCUGGGAAGUCUUAGAGCAGUACCAACUGAAGAUCCCCAGGAGCUUGCAGAGAAAGAAAAACUAUGCUUUAUGGAGACAUCAGCCCUUGAGGCAACUAACGUCGAGACUGCCUUUCUGACUGUUCUAACAGAAAUAUACAAGAUUAUAGGCAAAAAGGCCCUCACUGCUAGUGAUGUAGAUUAUGCAAACUCUGCAACUCUCAAGGGAAGCAGUAUAGUCAUUGCUGGCCAGGAGCAGAAUACUAGUGCAAGUAGUGGUGGCUGUUGCGUAUAA